CUGUUGAUAGUCACGUAGCGGUAGUAUCUCUCUUCCAUUUUGGUUUAUGCCUUUUCCGGUACACUAGCCAUCAUGAGUCGCGUUAGGACAAAGACGGUCAAGAAGGCCGCGAAACUCAUCAUCGAGAAAUACUAUACUCGAUUGACUAUGGAUUUCCAUACAAAUAAGAGGAUAUGCGAAGAAAUUGCUAUUAUUCCUAGCAAAUCUCUACGCAACAAAAUUGCUGGAUUUGUUACACAUUUGAUGAAACGUCUAAGGCAUAGCCAAGUUCGUGGCAUCUCCAUCAAACUGCAGGAAGAAGAGAGGGAACGUAGAGACAACUAUGUUCCUGAAGUCUCUGCCCUGGAGCAUGAUAUCAUUGAAGUUGACCCAGAAACUAAGGAAAUGUUACAGAUGCUUGGAUUCAACAAUAUUCCUGGACUCCAACUCACACAAUCUCAAUUACCACCAUAUAGCAGACGUUCUUAAAUUUUCUUUGUAUUAAAUAAGUUUGUUAGUGUUGCACUUUUUAAUAAAAUUGCAAGCUGACAUUCUGAAGGAA